AUGUCAGCUUAUCUGAGAGAAGUUGUAUGGAGAAUCCCAUUGCUCACACAAACACAGGAUCAACGGUUGCAAGAGCUUUCAAGUGAACCAAGCCCUACACCAUCGUGCGUUCGUAUCGAGAAAUUCAACUUGCAACCAUUUACAGAACAAAAGCGAGGCCUCAUUUAG